GGUCACACUUAGGAAAGUAACUCAUCAAAAAUACAUCGCAGUUGUUACGUGAAAGUUUUCAAACGCUAAUUUUUAUAUAUUGACAGUGCUUUUAUGAAAUUUUUCUUUGCAAAAGUGUCUGGCAGUGAUUGUACAAAUGUAUUAGCGUAAAAGCCAAAACCAAACAACUGCGAUUAACGUAAACCAAAAAAUUGAUCGACAGUAGAUCAAGAAGCGGAGUCCAGAAUGGAUCAGCUAUUUCAGAGCUACCGCGACGAUGAGCGAAGGAUCGGCGAGGAGUACCUGUCCAGCCUGCAGGAUCUUAACUGCAACAGCAAGCCGCUCAUCAAUAUGCUCACCAUGCUCGCCGAGGAGAACAUCAACUACGCCCAAAUCAUCGUCAAAGUGGUGGAAUAUUACAUCAGCCAGGUGGCGCCCGAAUUUAAAUUGCCCAUACUAUAUUUAAUUGAUUCGAUAGUAAAGAACGUGAAAAGCAGCUACGUCCAAUUGUUUGGGCAAUGCAUUGUCAACAUAUUUCUCCACGCCUUUGAAUCGGUUCAGCACUCGCAGACUCAGGUUUUGGAGAAGGUGCGUGAGCGCAUGUAUGCCCUGCGGCAGACUUGGAAUGAGGUCUUCCCGCCCUCCAAGAUGUACGCCCUGGAUGUGAAGGUGAAGCGCCUGGAUAACAACUGGCCCAUCACCGCCAAACAGCCAACUAACAAAAUCCAUGUCAAUCCGGCCAUUCAUGUGAAUCCGGACUUUCUGAAAACGGGCAUGGUUCCUGUAAUGCCCGUUAACCCCACAUUGCCCAGCGACAUGGAGGAGAUACUCCAAGCCAAGACUCGCGAACUGCUGGAGCUCAAGAAGCGUAAACUCGAACUUGAGCUGGAACAGACCAAAAAGCAUUUAGAGGAGCAGGAGCGUCAGCUUAACCAGGCCACUGACGCGAUGGCUGUGGCUCCGAUAAUUAUGCCUGCCCCGACUGUAACUGCCAUUCGUCCGCCCAUGAUGGAUUCCGCGUUGGCUAUGCGUAACCCACGAGCUCCGGGAGCAAUGGGCACUGCUGGCCCCAUAAUGCCCAAUAUGCCAGUAGCACAGCAGCAGUUUACCAACAAGCCAAAAGUUAAUCCUGUCAAUCCGGCACUGCUCAACUCUGUGCGCCAACGAGAUCCGCGACUAGCGCGUCAAAUGCAGUCGCAGGCCUCGCAUCCGGCAGCUCCCGCACGUUCCGAUCCUCGCCUGGAUGCCAAGUCAAGCUCAUCACAGAAAUCUAGUCGUUCGCGCAGUAAAUCGCCAGUACGCAACAGCAGCAGUCGCUCAGGAAAGAGUGGAAACUCUCAUCACAGCACCAACUCUUCGAGCCGCAAGCGUAGCGAGUCCAAGAGCUCCACUGCCUCCUCAUCCUCGUCGGGUUCCGACGUGCGACACAAAAGCGGCAACAACAGCAGCAGCUCCAACCAGUCGCCGGUGAAGCGUUCUGGCAAGCAUUCAUCCAAGGAGCAGUCGGAUCGCUACGCUCGCAAUGGCUCGCCCACGGGAUCCUCGAAGCGCAAGAGCAGCUCGCCGAGUAGUUCGCCUUCGAAGUCAAAGCGUAGUGCAUCACACAAAGCCUCCACAUCUUCGUCGCGAGGAAAACCAUCGUCGGGACGAUCGCGCAGUCGAUCUCCAGUCUUCAUGGACGUGGAUCUGCGCAGCGGAGUCCGCAGCAAGUCACCAGAAUCGAAGGCAGUGGCUCCAACAUCUCUACCUCAGGUGGCCGCAUCUUCAGCAGCUAAAGCACCAAAUGAUUUAGAGAAACGCCCUCCUCCAGCUCCUCCAAGUCCGCCGAUUAUAGAUGUAUCGAGUAUGGACAUUGACUUGAGGCGGCCCAAGACGCCGCCUCCCCCGACAUUCGACUCAUCGGAGAGCCUCGACAAGAAGGAUACAAUUAGCAGCAACAUCAGCAGCACAAUAAUACUAGCUAGUGGCGCCUCCAACGCCUCCCCGUCAGCCGCGUCCACUUCCAAAUUGCCCGCAAAAGUGUCGUUCAAAAUACAAAAACAGUUUAAUAAAUUAGACAAAUCUACAGCGAAUCUAUCAACAGCAUCACUGCUAAAUUCGAAUUCCACGACUUCAGCAGCCACAGCGGCAUCGUCAACGUCAGCAGCAUCAGUCCCAGCUGCCUCUCUAGUCAGGCAACCGUCGCCCAGUCCCUCGUCCUCUUCCGUCUCCUCGCAGGGUAAUGUAUCGGACGCCCUCCAGCAGUCGAUCAACAAGUUGCUACAGGUGCAAGGUGCCGCCGAAAAGCGUCCCGCCGAUGCACAGCCGCCGGAGAUCGACGACGAGGAGCAACCGCCGCAGCAGAAGCGCAGCAAAUCAACCAAACUGGACGCUCUCUUUGGCAGUGAGGAUGUAGACCUGCGUCGCGAAAUUCCAUCUGUUAAGCCAGGCGUUAUUGUGGUUGAGGACGAUUCUAUGGAUAGCUGCGAUGUGAGCAAGCCAACAAAGAAAUCUAGUUCGCCUCCGAAGAAGGCUACUUUGGAGGAGCUGCGUGCCAGAUUGACAAGUGCGGUUCGUCUUCAGAAUAAACAGGGCAAGCCUGAUAAGGGCAAGGAUCAGGCUGUGUCGCAGCGCCUCAAGCAGCUGUCUCAGUUGAAGGACAACGAUGAUUCUCAGGAGGCGCACGACGAGAAGGUCCGCACAAUUCUCAGCCAGGCUCAGGAGAUGUACGAGAAUCACAGCAUGAACCAGGAACAGUACAAGGAUCUUGUCCAGAAAGUGGUGGCCAUUAAUGAGAACAGCAAACUGAAGGAGUCCCGUCGCCGAGACGAUGAUCUCGACUUGGAACGCAAUGCAGCGAGGGAUGCAGUGCUUCGCAAGCGCAUUCCCAAGCUGAAGGGCAACGAGAAUCAUUCCUCGGGCUCGCCACGUAGCGAUGGUUCGCCCAGGUACGAGGAUCCGCCCGCACCUGCUCAGGAGAAAGCCUCCAACAAAAGGGAUAAGCCAAAGCGGGACCUUAAGCGGCGCAAGCCCAGCAAAUGGGGUGAACAAGUGGAUCCUGCGACCGCACAACGAACUGCCUGGGCAAUGGGCAAUGCCAACAAUAAUAGUAAUAACAACAACAUCAAUAAGCGAGGAGCUAUUCAAAUACCUGUCCAGCCGCAGCCUGGAUUCCGAGGCAUGCCUUGGCAACAGCCGCCACCCAUGGUGAUGUCUGGAGUGCCACCGCCACCGCAACCGCCCUCGAUGAUGGGUCUGCCGCCGGUGCCGCCGGUGACGAUGACCAAGGCCAUAAACUCCCUGGACAAUCCCAUGGCAGAUGUGGUGCGCAGCAUCACGAUCGACGGGGGAUCCAAAGAGAUUCGCUUCUACAACCAGGUGGCCAUCAUCUUCAUGGACGGCGAUCAGCCGCAUGAGAUUGGUUUCCAGCAGGGUCAGCGCGUGAUCCUAAUUGAUCACAAUGAACCACUGCCGCUGAGCUUCAACGACGACUACAAGCCGUUCCAGUUGGAUGGACAGCUCCAUCGGAUCCGCUUCGGCUUCCCAUCGCGCGAACUCUACAUCGACGACCACUGGUAUGAGAUUUACUUCGGUGGUCCGCCCGUCUCCCUGCCCAUUGGAAAUAAACUGCAUGUGGUCAAGGCAGAGGGUCCGCCACCCAACGUGGAUAUCGGCCGAGUGCGACGAGACCUGGUUGUGGGCAAGAUCAAUAUGAUUGUGGAUGCUCACAAUAUCGUGCCGCUCUUCCUGGACGCCAGACAGCAGACCUUCCAGCUGGGAGCCGAGCAGCAUUCGCUGCAGUUUGUGGACAGUUUCCAAUACGCCUUGCUGGACGGGCAGCUGCAGAAGAUCGAGUACGGUGGCCUGCCGAAGGGAAUGACCUUAAACGGCGGUCGCAGCUGCUUUGUUAGGUUUGGCACGCUGCCCAAAGGUGUCACCGCCGGAAAGACGCAUGUGGCGGACAUGGUUUAUAUUAAGACUGAAGCUCCUGCAGAGCCACCGCAGCCUCCGCCAAUGAUUGUGAAGCCGCCGCCCGUGGUGGAGCAACCGAAAGCAGCUCCUGCUGCUGCUGCGCCUCUUUCCAUGCCAGCCGCCGCCGCCGCCUUGGAGAGCUUGAACAUCAACGAUCUGUUCCAGAAGCUGGUUUCGUCUGGCAUAAUAGGUGGAGCUGCUGCAGUGCCAGCUGUGCCAGCUGCGGACUCGCCAGCGACCAAGGAAGCACCUGCCACUGCCACCGAAGCCUCAACGGCAGCUACUCCGGCUCCAGUGCCUGCUGGUCCACCCAUGGAGCCCAUCAAGCGCAUUGAUCUCCACAAGCCAGAAACGAUCAAGACCAGGCAGGCUGCGGUGGUGGCCACUCUUUACCUGGGAAUGCAGUGCAGCAGCUGUGGAGUGCGUUUCCCGCCAGAGCAAACCAUCAAGUACAGCCAGCACUUGGACUGGCACUUCCGUCAGAACAGAAGAGAGCGGGAUUCGACCAGGAAAGCCACGUCACGACGAUGGUAUUAUGAUCUCAACGACUGGCGGCAAUACGAGGAGAUCGAGGAUGUGGAGGAGCGGGAGAAGAACUUCCUGGAGGCUCAGGGCCAGCCCGGAGGAAUUGAGACUCUCGAGGAGCUGUCGCAGCAACGGUCGCUGGACUCACCCGUGCCAACGUGUGCCGCCGGAACAGAUGAUGUGGAUCACUGCUGCGACAUGUGCCACGAGAAGUUCGAACAGUUCUACAACGAAGAGCUCGAGGAGUGGCAUCUGCGUAGCGCCAUCCGUGUGGAGGAUAAGAUAUACCAUCCUCUGUGCUACGAGGACUACAAGGCCUCGUUGAAUCCUCCGGCGGAGGUUAAGUCCGACAAGGAUGUGGACAUGAACAACACCGAUGAUAAUGCCAUGGACACGCUGAUCAAACUGGAGGAUGACGAUGAUGAUGUUGAAGGUGCCGCUAAACCGUCACAGACUAUUUUGGAUGACGAUGACGACGAUGUCAUUGUGCUGCCCAAUGAAGAGCCCAGUGUCACGGAAAUUGUCGACGACGACGACGAUGACGAGUAUGUUCCGGGCAAUGUGACUCGAGCGGACAUGGGCAACGAAUCCCAAGACAAAACAGAGCCCAACUCCGAGACAAAGGAACCGGAGAAGGACAAAGAGCAGCAAGGAGAACAACCCCAGAGCGAGUCGGCCAACGAGUCGGAUGUGGAGAUCCAAGAGCCACACAUUCCGUUCACCGAUCUGGACACCUAUGUGGAGAAGGAGAUGGACGAGGCCACCAAGGCGGCGCUGCUCAACGUGAAGAUCAAGGAGGAGCCCAAGGAUGAGUACGAGGAGGACGAGGACGAUGGCUUUGAGGACGUGGGCACGGUGGUGUCACUGUUGCCCCUGCCCGAAGACGAGAUCUCCAUCCACAGCAGCGAAACUCAAACGCACACCAUCGGCUCGUCGGCUUCGCCGGCCACCAUUGAGCGGCCCGCAUCGGUGACCUCGCUCUCCCUGCCCGCCAACGAGGCGGACGAGGUGGAGCAGGCAGAUGCGACGGCCACGGCGGAGGCGGAACUGAACGGAGAGAAGCAGGAGUCCACCCAUAACCUGAGCGCUGUGGGUCCGGCGUUACCUUUGGCUAGCAUAGUUAAUAAAAUAAAGAUAAAUAUCACUAAGAAUACGAGUAGUAAUAGUCAUAAUAGUGCCUCCAACGCCACAACGACGGACUCGCAAGUCUCGGCCAUCAGCGUCAUCGGUGGAUCAGGAGGAGGCGGAGCAGCUGGUGGUGCAUCCGGAGCCGCAGAUUCAGCGCAGCAGGUGAACGCCAUUCAAACCAUUUCCACCAUUCCAGUGCUAUGCGGCGGCAACACGUUCGUGCCGAAGAUUGCGACAAGCAGCACUUCCUCCACCGUGAUCAGCUCUAUCUCGGUAAUUGGCAGCAGUUACGGCGGAAGCGGCAGCAGCAGCAGUAACAACGGGACAAGCAGCCGGAGCACUAGUUCCACCGCAUCCUCUGCAGCUGUGACGCUUCCGGCGGAUGCGGCCAGCCGGAAAUCACCCACUCCACCGCCCGCUGCCGUCGAGCCCGAACCGGAACCCGUCGUGGAGAUGAAGGAGGCGCUGCGGAGCGCCACGCUGAAGCGGACGAAGAAGGUGCAGAACGGCAUCGAAACGUCGGGCCUGUGCUCGAUUAUGUAAACUGCACGGCUCGGCAACCAAGCGAUAUUCCUAUUUAAUUUUUACUACGAUUACUUUUACACGUUACUUAGUUUUAGAUAGCCAGCGAGACGUUCUCCGCCGGAGAGCGGCGCCUCGUGCUCCGUAGGUACCCAGAUAUUUCACCGAUCCGGAACUUACACACACUCGUAUACAUUAUUUAUUACCGAAAACAGCAUCUGGCAAAAUUUAAUAAAAAGAUAAAUACACAGAAUAAAAACAGAGUAUACAUAAUUUGUGAUAAUUUUAUAACACUAGAAAACUAAUCAGAAUUCUUCAACUAUUAACAUCAAGCUUAACUAAUUUGUAAUAAUGCGUAUGUUUUUAUGCCGAAUUGAAAGAAUAAAAAGCGAAAUAAUGAAUUCAACAUCAAA